UUUUAUGGGCCCUAAUUUAACGACAUUAAUUAAUUACCUUAAUCCCAUUAAAUUGGGGUGAGGAGAAAUUAAGGAAAGUGUGGUCGCCGACAUGGAAUCUCUCCCGUUCCACAUGGUCCAGUUCCUUCCAAUUCGUACUGACCUCGCGUUAAUUUAAUUUCCCAUCGAAAUAAAGAUUUGACAAACACCUUCUUCGUCUGGAUCGGAACAGCUGCUACGUUGUGGCACAACGGUCAAAAAAAAAAAAAAAAAAAAAAAAAAAAUCCAGAUCCGCUUGAAGAAUUACAAGCACAACGCACAUUGAGAAACUGAGAAGGCAACAGCGAUGGAUGCUUUGAGGAAGCAAGCGAGUAAACUCAGAGAUCAAGUAGCCAAACAACAACAGGCUGUGAUAAAGCAGUUCAGCGCGAGUGGGUAUGAGAGUUCUGAAAUGAUGGUUAUUGAUGAGGUUGAGCUGCAGAGGCAUCAACAAUUGGAGAAAUUGUACCGAUCCACUCGUUCUGGAAGGGAUUUUCAGAAAGAAAUAGUCAAAGCAGCUGAAGCAUUCAGUGCUGUGGGAUAUAAACAUAUAGAAGCUGGAACCAAGUUGUCAGAAGAUUGUUCCAAAUUUGGUGUAGAGAAUGAUGGUGAUGAGAUUCUUGCCAAGACUGCAUCUAUAUAUGGGGAUGCUCGUAAACACGUGGAGAAGGAGCAAGAUGACUUCAAUAGAUUGUUGUUUACACAGGUCUUAGAGCCCUUGAGAGCAAUGAUUAUUGGCACUCCUCUCGAAGAUGCUCGUCAUCUUGCUCAACGAUAUAGUAAAAUGAGACAGGAAGCCGAAGCACAGGCGACAGAAGUUUCUAGAAGACAAGCACGUGUGAGGGAAUCUCCUAUUCCUGAAAACGUGGCAAAGUUGCAUGCAGCGGAAACUAGAAUGCAUGAACUCAGAGCAAACAUGGCAGUACUAGGUAAAGAAGCAGCAGCGGCAUUGGCUGCUGUAGAAUCGCAGCAGCAGAGACUUACUUUUCAGAGACUUGUAGCAAUGGUUGAAGGUGAAAGGACAUAUCAUGAGAGGGUUGCAACAAUUCUUGGUAACAUUGAAACAGAGAUGGUCUCGGAGAAACAGAGGAAAGAGGCUGCUCCUCCAGUUGCUCCUCUCAAUUACACUUCAGAGAAAACAAAGUACUUUUUAGCUGAGGCAUUGCAUGCUUUUGAUGCUGCAUCGGAGAAAGAACUAAGCUUGGCAGUGGGGGAUUUUGUUGUUGUGCGAAAGGUGAAUCCAUCUGGGUGGUCAGAAGGAGAAUGCCGAGGCAGAGCUGGAUGGUUCCCAACCGGUUACGUGGAGAAACGCCAAAGACUACCGACAAACUAUACCGCGGCUCAAGUUUAUUAAGACAAUCUUAUCACUUCACUAAGUUUCUUUCAAAGUGGUUGGCGGUUCAUCUCUCCCUCCAUAACUCUGUGUGUGUGUGUGUGUGUGUGUGUGUGUGUGUUGACUUGCACUAAUUAAUACCUUUUAUUUAUUUAUUAAUUUAUUUGUGUAAUGGUUGGGUUGUGUUAUUUAUUUCUUGGUGUUACUGAUGAUGCAUGCAUUUGCUCUAAUGAAGUUUGAUAGCACCAUCUCUCAAACUUCAUAUAAUUGAAGAUCAAGUAGUCAAUUGGUCCAAUUAUGAAGGAAAAUCAUUUAAGUAGAAGAUUUGCGUGGAGCAAAGGAAAGCUGUAUUCAUACACACCUACGUGUUUCAGUUUUUCUCACUUGCAGUUGCAGACAAGAUUGACUUAAAGCAAGUAAAGCUAGCUGUCAGUACAAAAACAAGAAUGAAUUAAAUUCGGGCAAAUUGAUGAUUUAGCAUUUUGAAGACGUCGGUUGUUAUUGACUUUUUUCUUCGUGUUCAAAACUGAGUUUAGUAAAGCAGAAAUGCAAGUAUAAACUUUUGAAGUUCAUAAAUUAUAUACUCGAUUCCUGUU